AUGUCCAUUCGUCCAAGCUACUCUUCCACAGGCCCCUCAAACCUGGGCCGCCCUGACGCAGGCCGUGGUGGUGCCGGUCGCCCAGGAGCAGGCACCGCGAAUGCAGGACGUAUCAACACAGGAUCCUCUCGCGGAGGAGCCACUAAUGCCAGCCGCAUGAAUCCUGACAACUGCCACAUUGGACUCUCUGGCGCAGCACAGCCGGGAGAGAAGUACAACGGUGCCAAGCCCAUCAAUACGAGCCGCCCUGGCGCAGGACCCUCUACUGCAGACCCCUUGGACAGAGGUCGUCAUCCCAAUAAUCGUUCUGUCACCCAACCUUCCUUCAAACAACCUCCUUUCGCAAGCCCUUCGAGCAAAGUAGAAACUCCAAUCAAGUCAACUGAUACAGGACCGGUCAGACUUCCAUGCACCUAUCCCAAAUGCGAGAAGUACUUCACCACCAAGAGAGACAUGAGCACCCACAAGCUCCUCGAACACGAAUACUGCGACCGGUGCGACGAAGACUACGCGGACGAGGAGCGUCUUCUGCUGCACAAGAUCAUCAGCCCCAAGCAUAUCGUCUGUCCCGUCUGCGGCGUGGAUUUCCGCAGCACAGGUGGCCGUGACGUCCACAUUCGCCAGAAUCACCGUGCAGAGCAAAGCAUCGACUGCCGCGGCUGCACCAAGACUUUCAAAUCCGCCAGCGCGCUGAUGGGCCACAUCGAAGAGAACGGGUGCCGGCGAAUUCCUCGGGCUCGCCUUCUCCAGCAGCAGGAGACCCGGCUGAUGAUCGCAGAGAUCCUGGACGGCGAUCGCCCGAUCCACCCGGACGAUAUCGACGACAAUGAUGGCGGAGUCAUGCUGGAUGGGACCCCAGUGAAGAGCCCCGUCAGUCCCCGCAGCCCCAAGGCAAACGCCCAAAAGUCGCCUAUGCCGAGCCCGAAUGCACAAAAGGUCAAGAGCUCCCCUCUCUCCCAGCAGGUUCCUGGGUCCCCAAGUACAUGUCACUCGCACACGACCGAGGAGAGCAUGGUGACCGCGACGUCCAGAAUGCCCGUGACCGACGCCGACGACGAGAUAGUUCCGCACCGCACAGCCAUCGAGCUAGAGAAAGACAAGUCGUUGGAGUGGGACCUCUUCGGCAGACCGGACGCCACGGCCGGCGAUAUUCUCCGCAGGAUAGAUCCGGACUGGGACGCGAGCAAGUUCCUGAACAUGGCUGGCUCGCGCUUUGUCUGCCACUGCCGCGUGAGCUACCGACUUCAAGAAGAUUUCGAGGCGCAUAUGCUGGAGAAGGUUCGCGACAAGAAGCCAUUGGGAUGCCCCUACUGCUUCCGCAACUUCAAGCGCUCCGCAGACCUAGUCUCGCACAUCGAAUCCGGCAGCAACCGCUGCAGCAUGAGCAGCGGCGCCCUGCACAGCCAGGUGGUGGAUCAAUUGACGGGCGGGGUGGUGCGCGUCGCAGGGCGGCUCCCCGACGGCACGAUCAAGUACGAGGCGGGCAACGUGGAGCCGCUGUACGAGCCGGACCACGAGACGACGCUCGUCGGGGUGGACUCGAGCUAUCGGAUGGCCAAUGUGGAGUGGUAG